GUUAAUUAAACACAUCACCUACACCUGUGUGAAACAGGUAAAAGUGAUUUGUAAAUGGACGGUGAGUUUAUGACAUGCGCUCCAAAUGCGGUCUGCUAAAUCACCGCAAUGGAAUAAGAGCAGGGGAGGGUAGAGGACACCGGCUGCCCUGCCUCCAGUCUGCAUGUGAGCACACACAACAGAACAGACACAGCGGGACGGCUAAGGACAAUCACAGGCCAAACAAAGGGACGUAUGCUUCCUCCAAGGCAUCGCAUAAAUAAGAAUAUUUAAGACUUCCGCACAGACCCUUUUUGCCUACCUCUGUAUCCUCACCUCCAAGGGUGUAAUUCAGCAGUCAUGGACCUGGAGCAUUUUGAUGAGCGGGACAAGUCUCAGAGAUACACUCGAAGGGGCUCCAGAGGGAAUGGUCUCCCUAGUCCAACUCAUAGUGCUCACUGCAGCCUUUACAGAACCAGGACACUGCAAGCACUGAGCUUAGAAAAAAAGGCCAAGAAGAUUCGUUUCUACCGCAACGGUGACCGCUACUUUAAAGGGAUUGUGUAUGCCAUUUCUCAGGAGAGAUUUAGAUCACUAGAUGCUCUCCUUGCAGAUCUCACUAGAUCUCUCUCAGAUAAUGUCAACUUGCCCCAAGGAGUGAGGACCAUAUAUACUGUUGACGGAGUAACCAAGAUUACCAACAUAGAACAGCUGGUGGAAGGAGAAAGCUAUGUUUGUGCAUCUAUAGAGCCUUUCAAGAAACUGGACUAUACGAAGAAUGUGAAUCCCAACUGGGCAGUUGGCGCCAGGACUGCAGCUUCUGUCCGCGAUCCUUCUUCCCUUGGCAGCGCCAUGGCUGGAUCCCCAGAAACCAGGGAGACCAAAGACUUCAUAAAGCCCAAACUGGUGACGAUUGUCCGCAGUGGAGUCAAACCUCGCAAAGCUGUUCGGGUCUUGCUCAACAGGAAGACGGCACACUCCUUUGAUCAAGUCAUGAGUGACAUCACAGAUGCCAUCAAGCUGGACUCUGGGGUCGUCAAAAGGCUAUAUACUGUUGAUGGCAAAAUGGUCACAUGUCUUCAGGACUUUUUUGCAGAAGAUGACAUUUUUAUUGCUUGUGGUCCUGAAAAGUUUCGCUAUCAAGAUGAUUUCAAUUUGGAUGAAAAUGAAUGCAGGGUGACAAAGUCGUCGUCAUAUGGCCGACUCCCCACAGUUCAUGGUCGUUCCUUGCCGAGAACUGGUGGAAUGUCUCGCAGAAGCAAGUCUCCCUCACCUGCCGGAUCAGGUAAAUCAAAUGGCACUGCGGGCAGUACUCUUUCUACACCUCGUUCUGGAAAAUCUCCAAGUCCCAUUUUAACCAGUCCUGCUAGCCUCCGAAGACGACAGGGAUCCCAGUACAGUGGCUCUUCACUCUCGUUAGCCUCUACCAAGGUAUGCAGCUCCAUGGAUGAAGGAGAUGGUCCCAACAGUGAAGUUGAGCCAGUGGAAGAAUGUUCCCCAGUUCCUACCUCCAUAGCAGACAGAUACAAAGUUGGAAGGAUUUUAGGGGAUGGAAACUUUGCUGUGGUUCGUGAAUGUGUAGAAAGAUCAACUGGAAGAGAGUACGCUUUAAAAAUAAUCAGCAAAGACAAAUGUAAGGGAAAGGAACACAUGAUACAGAGUGAAGUGUCCAUCCUGAGGCGUGUGAAACAUCCAAACAUUGUCCUCUUAAUCGAGGAAAUGGACACCCGCAGAGAUCUCUAUCUUGUAAUGGAGCUGGUGAAGGGAGGAGAUCUCUUUGAUGCCAUUACCUCCUCCAGCAGAUACACAGAGCGAGAUGCCAGUUGUAUGCUGUUCAACUUGGCAAGCGCCAUCAAGUACCUCCACAAUCUCAAUAUUGUGCACAGAGACAUAAAACCAGAAAAUCUCUUGGUGUACGAACAUCUAGAUGGUAGUAAAUCUCUGAAACUGGGAGACUUUGGCUUGGCUACUGUUGUCAAUGGUCCUCUUUAUGCUGUUUGUGGAACGCCAACUUAUGUAGCACCAGAGAUUGUUGCUGAAACAGGAUAUGGCCUCAAGGUUGAUAUCUGGGCAGCGGGCGUCAUCACUUACAUACUGGUCUGUGGCUUUCCUCCUUUCCGUGGCAGUGGUGAAGACCAGGAGGCCCUCUUUGAAGAGAUUCUAAAAGGUCAUCUUGAAUUUCCAGCACCAUACUGGGACAAUGUAUCUGAAUCUGCCAAGGCUCUGAUCACUGGCAUGCUGCAGGUAGCUGUGGAUCAAAGAUACACAGCUGUACAAGUGCUGGAUAAUCCCUGGGUCAAUGGUGACAGUCUGUCAGAAAAGGGGCACCAGCUUGCUGUGGCUGGAAAAAUCAAGAAGCAUUUUAAUUAUGGACCCAAGCUCAACGGCACUGCAGCAGGAGUGUCAAUAAUUACAACCACGCCACUUGAUAAAGAGAAGCAAGUUUUCCGAGGAAGACGCCACCAGGAUGUAAAGCUUUCUACCCAACUGUUGCCCAGCAGUGGUGCCACCACCACCUCAGAGAUGGCCAACCCCGUCGUCUCCCUAGAGUUGGAAGAAUUGUCUCCAAGUUCAGCCGACACCGUUCUUUCACCCACUUCUCCCUUCUAAUAGGUGUCCAGAAUCACAUCAGGUUCCUGUUUGGAGAGAUAAUGGGUCUCUGGUCCUUAAAUGUACCCAUUUUCUGGUCACUUUCUCAAUUUAAGAUGCAUUUGUAAAAUUGAAGGACAGCCCAAUAAAAUGAACACAGCUUGACAGCAUGCAAAAAAUGUAAAAGUUUGUCUAAUUUGGCCUAUUUAUUCAGACAGUAGCCUUCUCUCAGUUUUUUUUUUUUGCUUUAAAAACUGGGACUAGCAGGGGCACUGCAAUCAUUUCACCAUUGAUGUAGUUCUCUUAAAUUUUAGUUUGGGUUGUAGUUGUACUUAUCCAAAUGGUAAUGCAUGAGUACAAAGAUGAGCAAAAUCCACAUCUGUGUAUAUGAUCAGUUUGCUCAGUGAGUAAGUACACCAUAAUGGAGUAGAGCUGGUAUUAUAGUUCAACUAUAAGGGG